CGAGGUUAGUAUUAAACAGCGGGAGGGACGCGAUGAUGCAGAGCGGCAUGUGCGGGUACAAUUCGAGUAAACGGGUGAAGGGGCGCGCAUGAAAGCGCCGAUCAUUUAGAGUCGGUCCCUCGAGAAAUAAGUUUCUCUAAAAGCAUCAGUCCUUUCAAGUUGAUCAUGCCUAUUUCUGAGCAGCGUCUAGCUUGAGCUGAUCCCUCCAGCCUGAACUUUUAUGAAAGGAUAAGGAGAACAUAUGAGCCUGUGACUGGAAGAGGCUCUGCUGUCUGCGCACAGACGCACGGCACAGGUGCGCGCCCGCCACGCUUGGCACGCUUGUUUCUUUAGGACUCUGCGGUCCUCCCUGAUCCGCGCCGUCAUGGAGAAAUCGAAAAACUUCAGAAUCGACGCCCUGCUCGCCGAUGAGAGCAACCGGGGGAGCCGAGACCUCUCCCCGGGUCUGAGCAGCGACAGCCCCGCCGGCAGCCCGGUCUCCUGCCGCCGCGCCGACAGCCCGUCUCCUCGGGCCUCACAGCUUCAGACCGGGAUAAUCCCGAAACCGGGUGUGCUAAAUCUCCCGCAUCCAGGACUCGCUGCACUUCCUCAGGGGGCGAUUCCCGGCAUGUAUCCCGCACCCAUGUACCCAUUAUCGGCGUUGGGUGGCCAGCACCCCGCAUUCGCAUACACCGGUUUCACACAGCUAACCCAGACCUACCCAGAGCACCUAAAGGCAGCUGCCAUGGCGGGAUCUCUGCCCCUGGAGCACUGGAUCCGCGCUGGGAUCAUGAUGCCACGGCUGCCAGAUUACACCUCGGGCCCUCAGUCCGGUCUGUUGGGGAAGUGCCGGAGGCCCCGCACGGCCUUCACCAGUCAGCAGCUCCUGGAGCUGGAGAACCAGUUCAAACUCAACAAGUACCUGUCCAGACCCAAACGCUUUGAAGUGGCCACCUCACUCAUGCUGACUGAAACACAGGUCAAGAUCUGGUUCCAAAAUCGGAGGAUGAAGUGGAAGCGCAGCCGGAAGGCGAAGGAGCAGGCCAACGCGUCAGCCCAGUCCGAGCCAGAUCGACUACGCAGCGGAGGAAAAACAGCCACUGACAAAACCGAUGAGAGCAGACGAGCUGUGAAUCCGGAUGAUGGAGGGAUAGAUCUUGACAUGGAGGAUGGAGAGGAGGAGGACGAGGACGAGGAGGAGGAGGAGGAAGAAGAGGAGGAAGCCCGGCAUGGUUUUCCUGUUACAAUCGGUAACGUUGUUGGGAUGCCACAAUCCACAGACUUCUUGCGGCGCGGCACUAACGUUGGCUACAAUCCCCACAGCCCUUUUUCCGAUGAGGAGCUGGAGGGGGUGCAAGUAGGAGGAGGUGACAGGAAGAUUGGGGCGGGACUGUGAGAAGACACCCCGAAAACGCUGGUUUGGUUUCCUGAGUGUUACAGAGACAUUACACUGGGACAUGUCUGUGUUUGUGGAUACUAAAGAAGACAAAUUUCUAAGCCUAAAGAUCUUUGUCUGGUCUGCUCUGUGAAUGUUUAUGUGUUCCACUCAGGACAGUUGCUGGAAUAGCUAGUUAUUCACACAGCUACCAAAGGAUUAUGACACAAAUAUACUGUAUAAACUGUCUGUGAAUAAAAACCAUCUCUAAGUACUGUACAUUUCAUAGCAUGCUGGGGAAAGAAAAUGAUAAUUUCCUCCCUAAAUGUAGCUGUUUCCAUGAGUAUCUGCCGAUCA